AUGCCUAGCCCAGCUGAACUUCUUGCGCAGAAGCACAGUGCCGUUUCCGAAGACCCCGAGAGUCCGCCUAUUUCUGCCACCGAGUCGUGCGCUCCGUCGUCGGACGCCUCCGAGCCCACCACGUACGAUUUGGACGUCGAGGUUGGUCCCGCAUCGGGCCUGGACAAAAAGGUGUCAAUUGAUGACGAGACGUAUUUCCCCACUCUGGGGGUAUCGAUCGGGUCCGCCCCUGCCAAGUGGGGUCCGUCGAUGUCCAAUGGACGUGCCGUUUCGGCAAACACCCCGGCCAUCUUCAAGCCCGCGGUCAGGUCGUCCAACACCCAGCUCACGUUCAUAGUGGACGCUGCCGAACAGCUGCCUGUGUCGAAGAAUGAUCUCUUCAAGAUCAUCUCCAAAAUCAAGGCCACCUACGACGUCAAGGUCGAGUCGACGUUUUCUGCCACCACCAACAAAAGAACUUUUCUGCUUAGCGGCCCGGUGUCGAAAAUCCAGAAUGCGAAAAAAGACCUUAUCAAACAGCUCACGAAGCCUGUGAAAAUCGAGUUUGGCAUUCCGUUCAAGCUCAUAUCCACAGUGAUUGGCUCGCAGGGCAGAACGUUGAAGCCGAUCCUGGAAUCCACCGGCGUCAAGAUCGAUAUUGAAAGAACCGGCAGCAGCGACGCAGCAGACGACGGCGACAUCUUUGCCAACCUCGCAAAGGUUGUCGUUGAGGGAGAUAUGGAGAGCUGCGAGGAAGCUAGACAGAAGAUCAUGUCUAUAGUCGACCAACAUACCCAGACCCUCACUGUCAAGGUGGACGUUGACGAGAAACUCAAGCGGUUUGUUAAUUUGGAGCUUAAGAACCAGCUGCCUCCCGACGUCGAGGUUGACCUGCCGCUGGAAAACUCGAGGGCCUCAUCCAUCUACCUCUCCGGUGCCCGAGAGACUGUGUUGAUGGCCCGAGAGACUGCUAAAACGGUCAUCGACUACCUGGCCGAACGCAUUGUUGUCGAGGAGCGCACAGUGCCCAAGGUGGCCCAUCAGUUUCUUGACGCAGAAAAGAUUUUCAGCAGCGUGGGAGUCUUGGUCGAGGUUCCAGCUUUCGAUUCUCCUUCAACGACGGUGAAGUUCAUUGGUCUGAAAGAAAACAUCCCUAAGGCCGUGGCGUUGGGGAAGGAGCUUUCCCAGGAGUACGCCACUGAUUUCCUGGAUCUUGCUAGGUCUCACGGAGGAAAUUACAUGCAUGCGAAAGUGCUUACUGCAUUCUUCCUUUACACCGGGAUGUUUGACGCACUUUCGGCUAAGUACAAUGUGAAGAUCACUGCCCCAAGCUACAAGUCUCUGGUUGAUGAGCAAACAAAGACGGUUGUCCUGGAGUUCAUUUGCUCGAAAUCGGAGAAGGAUGCUUUGAAGUCUACUAGAAGGGAGAUAGUGGACGCUGUCAACAAGAUCACUCCCUCCUUUGUGCGGCUGAUCGACGACAUUGACACUAUAGCUCUCGACAAGCUGGAUGAAACCGUUGCCGACGAAAAGAGCGUCAAGAUUGUUCCUCUGGGAAAGCUUGCCGGAGUUGGCAACAAGAUAGUUCUCCUCUACCAGGCAAGUGAUGAUGAGUUCCUUCCAUCAUUGAAAGAGACCAAUGAAAUUCUGGAUGCUGUUGAUCGAUCCCUGGACGAGCUCAGAGCUGUCAGCAGAGACAUUACGUACGAAGUCCUGGACAUGCAGUCCGAAGAUCAGGACAGAUUGCAGGGACACAUUUUGAAGGUUUUGCUGUCUAAAUUCGGCUCAGAUAUACAGAUCAGACUCCACCAGAACAAGGACGGUGUGAGUGUCGACCAACUGGUGGUGGUUGGGCAUAAAAAGGACGUUCCAAAGGUGAUCGGCGAAUUGGAACAAGCUAUUGAGGAUGUCAAAAAUUACGAGACAGCCUCCAAAUACAGCCAAACUUUGGCAUUCCCUACCAGCCAGCUCUCGAGACUCAUUGGGCACAAAGGUGGAAACCUUCAGAGCUUGCAAGAAGAGUACAACGUGCAAAUAGAUGUUCAGAAGGGCGAGGAUGCCACCGUUGGCGACAAGACGCUCGUCAAGCUCACAGGGCUGAAAGUCAACGUUGAAGAGUGCGAGAAGAAACUCACGCAGCUCGGCAAGAAGUGGGCGGAUGAGAGAACUGUGGUGAUGAAGAUCGAACAAAAGUACCAUCGCAAGCUGAUAGGGCCUUCUGGAGUGUAUGUGCAUCGGUUGAAUGAGAAGUACAACGUUGUGAUCAAAUUCCCGUUCGAAGAUGCCACCGGCCAUCAGGAUGAAGUUGUAAUCAAGGGACCUUCGAAAGGUGUUGCGAAGGCUGAAGAAGAGCUAAGAGAGCUGCUUCAGUACGAGAAAGAUAAUGGAUACAGAGAAACGAUCAAGGUGCCAAUAGCCAUUCUCCCCCGUGUGAUAGGAAAGUCCGGAGAACAAGUCAAGGACAUUUCUGCAGACACUGGCGUGGACAUCAAACACCUGAGGGAGAAAAGUGACGGCGAGAGCGCGCAAUUAGAGCUGACAGGUACCAAGGAAGGUAUCAGAGCUGCAAUCAAGAAGAUCAACUCUAUUGUUGAUCGUAUUCAAAACAACGUGACCGAGUCUAUUGACGUCGACACGAAAUGGCACAAGUAUUUGGUGGGGCCAUCUGCUUCGAAGAAGCGUGAGAUAAUCCUGAACGCAUGUGGUCCGAACGACGAGGCCGACUUUCGAAGAUUGCUACAAGUUCCUCCUGCCGGCUCCAAUUCGACUAAGAUCGUGUCGCAGGGCAACAAGGCAGUCGUGGAGAAGAUCCUCAAACAGGUGAAGCAGAUAGUCUUUGACCUGGAGAACGUUGUGGACGAGACGGUGCUGAUUCCAAAGAAAAAGCACGUACUUUUAAUUGGCUCUGCCGGAAUGGUCAGAAGAGGUUUGGAGGCAGAGUACCAUGUCCGGAUCGACAUUCCAAAAAUCAACCAGGAGUCUGACGAAGUGCAUGUUCACGGCUCUCCUGAGAACGUCGAGAAGGCUAAGGCUGCAAUGCAAAGAUUGAUAGAGAAAUAA